CUGCCGCCACCGUCGUCGCUGCCGUAGCCGUUGCCUUUACGUUCGCGUCUUUCGCCCGUAUUGGUUACUCGCUGCAGCUCGUAGUGUUUCGUGUCGUUCCGUGCGUGUAGUCGCGAUACACCGUCUGGUGUUGAGGAGGAGGCACCUACGAUGUUGUCGCUGAGACGCAAAGGAGAAGUGAGGCUUCCCGGGGGAGCGAGUCUGCGGUGUGUGGUGGGAGAAGUCAGCUGAACGAUGGAUCUGUAGGGGUGAGCGGCGAAGAGGGUAACCGCGCUCCACGUCGACCGCGCGAAGCGGUUCCAGUCGUGAGUCAAGCCUCGUCACGUCGAUUUGUCGCAUUGUACUGUACGGUUGUUUUAACGCGAAUCAUCUUCCUCUUCAUCCGUACAAACGGAUGCGUAUUGUCGCAGUGUGCUGCAACGAGUUGUCAUCUUUUUUGUUUUAUGCCCGUUCAAAGGAAACGUAUUGUGAACACGAAAAAGUGUCGUUCGUUAUCGAAAGCCACCAGCUUCAUGCAUGGCUACGUUCGGGAGUGAUACUAUUGUUUCAUUAUUGCAACGGAUAUAAGAGAAGAGAAAAGUGAAACAAGAAUCGCAAAUUGAUUCACUGAUGAGCCGAGGAGUGUGAUAAAAAAGUGGUGCUUUUGUUUAGUACAACCAACGGUGUGAGCGAGGAUCGACUGCGAAGGUUUUAAGAUGCUGACGUCCAAUGCGAAUCAGUAUCUCCGUCCUGAAUAUCUCACACCGUUACCUACUACGUUAGAUGCGAAGAAAAGUCCACUCGCGCUACUCGCUCAAACCUGCAGUCAGAUAGGAGUGGAUCCCCCGUCCAACAAAUCAUUACUAAGUUCCUUGGACAAAUCGUCAAGAUCAUCCAAAACCGCGGAUCAAUCCCGCGAAAAGUCCUCGCCAGUGGUGAUAGUAUCGGUCGCGGCUCCAACGUCGGCAGUAGAAUCCACAAAAACUAGUUUCAAGCCGUACGAAUCCUGCCUGGGACGUGAGAAAGCGUCCAGUCCAGACGAACCGCGAUCAGCGUCGAGCCAUUCGACAUCUGGCCGAUCCAGGACUCCCGGUAGCGGUGGUAAACGAUGUCCCAGCAAUCAGAGCGCUACAUCGAUACGUGCCGUCACACCACAAGGCAGGAAAACACCAAAUGGUGAAGUGACACGGGAGUCGCCGGUUUCUAGGAGUUCAGCGGUACCAAUGAGCGCGACAGAAACUACCUCGAAUCAACCAACCGUCAGUAGCCCCUCGUUACAAGUCAAACCUGCCUAUAGUCCCGCGGGGGUGCUGGCGAUGACUGACCCAUCCAUCAAGGAUCUACCCUUAGGCACGUUUAAGCCAGGCGUCAGCCUUCCAACUUCCACCGCUGCUUAUUUAGGCUACAGUCCCGGUCAGUUACCCAUAGAUGUAAUGGCUAGUUCACUCAUGUCUCAGCAUCAUGCUGUUCUGAAGAACGGUCUCGUCGCCACUAAUCCUUAUCUCGGCUACACGAGAUUGAAGACCAGCGCUGGACCGGCGGAUAACUUGAUGCCGGUAUGCCGCGAUCCCUAUUGCACCGGCUGCCAAUUAAACUCGCAUCUGCUAUCGAAUUCGGCGACCGCUACGAUCGUUGCCAAUGGCAAAUUGCCGUCAGGUACGAGUGUGAGCUCAAGUUCUUGCCCGGCUGGAUGUGCUCAGUGUGAUCACAAACCUAGUAGCGCUUCGCCUUAUGGACCGCUCGGUGCAGCAAGCGCCUACGCACAUGCACAGUUAGCCGCACUAGCCGCAGUUUCGCAGUUACCUUACGUAUGUAACUGGAUCGCCGGCGACACUGCGUAUUGUGGCAAAAGGUUCGCCACAUCGGAGGAGCUGUUGCAACAUCUCAGGAGUCACACGAGCGUGUCGACGGGCGGUGGCACGACCGAUCCUAGUGCGGCCGCGACUGCUGCUGCGCUGUCUCUGCUGUCGCCCUCGGUCGGAUUGCCUCCAACUCACCCUCUGUUCGCCCGAACUUACCCCACGCCACCUUUGAGUCCGCUCGCGACCGCGCGCUAUCAUCCGUACGGGAAACCUUCGCCGCUGAUACCACCGUCUCUACCGUCGUUGGGUCUGCCGCUGCCGCCAUUGCCGCCGCCGCCGCCACCACCACCUCAUCCACACGCGACUGCUGGACUGCCGGCGUAUUUCUCGCCGUAUUCUCUCUAUGGACCCCGUCUAGGUACAUCUUCCGGUAUGCAUCAAUGAGUUCUUGGUAGCGGGUGCUUGUAAACCAAUGGUUUCCAAGGCGAAUCAACCGACGAACUGUGAUUUCUGCACGAUUAAGAGUAAGCAGGGAAUAUCGGUUUUAUGUGAGAUGCUUCGAGCGACGAGCCAAUCAUCAGAAGAAAUCUCAAGUUACCGAGCUACACGAUCUCAAUACGACAGAAUUGUUUCUUUCACGAUACUAUACGAUAAUCUAUGCUCGGUUGGUCUUCCGCAAAUUUUGUGCAAAGUUUUUCAUCUGAUAUCAAAAAUUUAACAUAGGAUUCAAAGAAUUAAAAACGUGCGCAUAUUAAACAACACCAUCUACCUAGGUGCAAAACGCUAUUGUCUCGAUGUUGACGCAAAUAGGUUUGUUGUAUUAUACAUACUAUACAUAAAAUGCUUUAACAAAUACAAAGAUAACUUUCAAUAGACUUAUCGACUUUCCGAGGGCUCUACUUUUCAAGUAUCGCUAUCGGUGAUAAAAAGUGCUCUCAAAUAUCUACAUGUGAACAGCCUUACUGUUCUCAUCAAAAUAAAAUGAAUCCCUACCUCAGCUAUGUAUCAAUAACCAAACUUAAUCUAACCAAACCUAAUCUUAAUUUAACCAAACCUAACAUCACCAAAAUCGUUAAAGAACGGUUGCAUUUCUGUAUAACUGGUUCGUAUGGAUAAUACCUGUCACUUACGAAUGCCUAUGAAUUGCAUUCAGAAAGAAAAGCCUGAUGCAUCACUUCGCUAAGCUAUUGGCUACUUUCGCCUGCUACUCUCGGCAUAGUCUCUUAGAUUCGUAGUUUUCUCAUAUUUGCCACAAGUGCUGCGAUAUAUCGAGGCAAGCGACUUUCAAAUAGCGUUGAACUUGUUCAUUAAGGUAGUUGUUUCGCACGGUGUAACGAAUUGGCAUCAAAGAUGCCUCUCAUAAAUAUAUUAUUAAACACAAUUAUGCCUUUAUAUAAAUGUGUUUAACUAUCUAAAUAAUAGAUUUUAAUUUAAAGUGAAGUUAAGAUAUAAAAUAUAUACGCGAUAUAUUAUAAAUACGAAAAUAUUUAUUUUUUAUUACUCUUAUUAAUGAUUUAUAUUUAUACAUUGGUUGAUCUGAUCACAGAAUGAUAUCACACAAAAAUAUAAAAUAUUUAAAUAUGUGUAUAUGUAUAUAUAUUUGGAAUGUUAUUAUAAAUUAUGAACUUUCUACAGUUGUGAUUACAAAAAAGAUGAAUUCAAUAAUUCUGAAAUUUAUUAUGAAGAAAUAUCUGUAUAUUGAUAUUUCAUAUCAUACUUACUUUUCACAAUACUUUUCAUUAGUCUUUUAACUAUAGUAUAAGAGGAAUUCAAGAGGAUGCUGAUCUCAAGGAACGCGUAUGAAAACUUUGGUUACCUUUUGUCAACUUCCGAAUGAUCAAUCCUUUUUUUAAUUACACGAGCAAUAAAUAAUAUUUCAAUUUUAUUUCAAACAACUACCUUAAUAUAGAGACAACGCAAGACUGAGCAUACGUACGCCCGUAUCUAAUUCAUGUCUAAUUUGUUAAUUUAUGUGAAAUUUUGAACUAUCAUCAAGCUGGUAACCAGCUCUUUCGUGUAUAUUUUGGAACAUCAAUUCACAUUUAGAACGAUUUAGAACGGGAAUAAAGAAUUUCGAAUGACCAAGCCCGCAAAAAGUUUUGCAUGUCGGAGAGAUUAAACUCUAGGAUAUAUGCAAUGCAACGUUGAACGUAUUACCCUUAAGUUGAUAAAUUCGUUAUAGCUAAACAAGAUUUUUAUUCGGGCAAAGAAAGUGUGUGCGUGAGUGAGUGAAUUUUGAUGCUUUACUUAGUCCUUGUUCAUCUGCUGCGUCUGGCGUACAACUCAGUACCGAAUGACGAGUGCCACAGCAAACGUGGUCGAAAAACCAAUGUUUAACUGUGAUUUCUGAGUGAGAAAGUUGAUAGAGAGAGGGGAAGAGAUAUUCUCCUGUGAAAGAUUUGCGUGUGUGUGCGCGUGUGCGUGUAUGUGUAUACAUGAUUAGAAUUUAUUAACGAAAACGCAAUUACAGAAAUUUUAUUUCGAACGAAAGUAAUCGCAUAAUUGGAUAAAAACAGAUAUUUUAUCAGACAAUUAUUUGGCGAUAUAAAGGAUUUGCUAUGUGCUAGUAUAAAAACUUUAAUCACUUUACGAUGGUAAUAUAUUAUAUAAAAUUACUUUUAUGACAGUACUGAAAUAUAUUUUUGCGUGUUUAAGUUAAAAGAAAUUAAAAUAUACAUUCAGUGUACCAUUGUGUUAUGUGUAUGUGGAAUGAAAUAUACGAUUAUAUUUACGAUUAUAUAAACGAAAUACAUAUGAUGAAGUGAUAAGUCUCAAAUCCAUUAUAUCAAAAGAUCUCCUCGAUGUAUCAUUAUUUCAUCGAUAUAUUUUCUAACGAACAAACACAUGCACAAUGUGAUGAUUUAUCACUUGCUUUUUAUUUGAUUGAAAUAUUACAUACGAUUCUUUCAAAUAUGUAUUGUGUUUGACUCAGAAUCUUUAAAAAUUACGGAUGAUAUCAUUUGGAUGUCUCUCAAACAUAUUUAAACGCUAAACAAAAAAGCAGUAACAAUAUAAAAAUAUGCUAUUUUUUAUUAUUUUGUUCGAAAUUUAUAUCAGAGUUUUCCUAAUUGAGGCAUAUUUUGUUUUUGCGACUACGAAAAAUAAUUGAUAUAAUGUAUAAUCACUAUAUAUGUACUAUUUAUAAAUUAUAUUCAUGUCCUAUUUCCAUUAUAAUUAUUGUACAUUUGUUUAUAGACGCGUAAGUUUAACAAAUCUCUAGUGAGAUGACGAACAGUUCUGAUAUACAUACAUGUGUAUAUACUUACAUGCAUAUAUAUACAUAUACUAUAUAUAUAUAUAUAUAUAUAUAUAUCUGCGUCUAUUUUUGCGUAACCAAAGUUUUAGUAACUAUCGAUAUUAUACAUAGCAUCGAACUUUAUGUGUAUACAUAUUAAUGUGUACUGAAGAACGAAACGAAUGAUGAUUAUAUUAAAAGAUAUUGUAAGUUGUAAAUAGCUUUAUUAUAGAGCAACGUUAUAGUUAUGGUUGAAAGACAUUGAGAAUAUCGACGAAUUUGCUCACAGUUGUAAUUCUUAUGUUGACUUUCUGUAUUUCGGAUUUUUAUGUAUAGUUAAAGCAACGUCAUAUAUAUAUAUACAUAAAGCAAGCAUUUAUAUAUUUUCACUAUGUCAACGGAUAAAACCGAAAAUUAAAAUGCAUCAAAUGUCGUUGCAAGAUAAAAUGAAGAAGAAAUAGGAAUAAACAAUCUCUCUUCUCUCGUAAUCUUAAACUGUGUCAAUUUCCGAAUUUACUCCGCAAACACAAAAUGCUUGAUCUAUAUGUGUUAUACGUGUGUAUGCAUGUCGUUGAGUUAAUAUGUUGUAUUUUCUUGACACGCGUCACAGUGUCAUUUUCUACGUCAAUUCUCGUUAUCUUAUAAUUGUUAUUCUAUGUUAUUCUGAAGCAGCUUCAUUCUUUUUAGAUUCAAAAUACAUUAAAACGUUUCUUACAAAA